AUGGCAUUGUACCGAUCUCUUCUCUUACAUCAUCCAACUUCUCCGCCUGUGAUUCCCUUUUUCCGAAAUUACCCCUCGAAACCGCUCAAAUCCUCCAGCUUGCCAUUCUUCCACCACUGCCGCCAGUCUCCGGUCUCCUCCGUUCGUUGUUCUUCUUCGUCGUCGUCGACCAUGGAAUCUCCUCCCGAAGGUUACAGAAGAAAUGUCGGUGUCUGUCUCAUGAAUCCUUCCAAAAAGAUUUUCGCUGCCUCGAGGUUGGAUAUUCCCAGUGCCUGGCAAAUGCCUCAGGGUGGAAUCGACGAGGGUGAAGAUCCAAGAGUUGCAGUCAUGAGAGAGCUUAAAGAAGAGACUGGUGUUCACUCUGCUGAGAUCAUCGCAGAGGCACCUUACUGGGUAACGUAUGAUUUCCCUCCAGAUGUGAGGGAGAAGCUUAAGGUCCGAUGGGGAUCUGACUGGAAGGGCCAAGCACAGAAAUGGUUUCUUCUCAAGUUUACUGGAAAAGACGAAGAAAUCAAUCUUCUUGGUGAUGGAACUGAGAAACCCGAGUUUGGUGAAUGGUCUUGGACAUCUCCUGAUCAACUCAUUGAACUUGCAGUGGAUUUCAAGAAGCCAGUGUACAAGGAAGUCCUCUCGGCUUUCUCUUCUCAUCUCCAGUGA